AUGACGUUGCCGCCUCAAUACAACAUCCGCGUCUUCGUCCACUGGCGCGACCAGACCGUCUUCGCGGGCGAGGCGGUCCAAUGCUCCUUCUCUCAAAGAGGAGUAUCCUCCCCGCUCUUCAAUGCUUCAUAUCCUCCCGAUAGGUUUGGCCGACUUCCUACUGGUCCAAAGAGUCCCCAAUCGUCAAAUGUAUCUGUGCAGCGCAGGUCAUCCAAGGCCUUGUCGAACCCCAUGCCCAUGCCCGAAUUUCGAUUCCCCGCUGCACCCCCACUAGAAUCAGAAACGGCUCUGAACCUGCGAAAGGUAUCAGGAAAUGGGCUUCUAAGUCCAAGAACGGGACCGGUCGACGGCCCUAUCCCUGUGCGUUCAAAGGAACAGUCGCCCGUGACUGACAAACCUCUCCUUCCCACGGCUCGCAUACUCUCCAGCACAAGCAUGGGUGGAGGAACACCGCGGAGCAGUGGUGAAUUCUACUCUAUGAGCAACAAUUCAUCCGAGACAUUGGCGUCGGAAUACGUCGGGCAGCCUCUGCUCAGAGGUCCCGGUAGACCAUCGAAUCCCCGCCGAGGGUCCUCUUUCUCUAUACCUCAGUCAAAGACCGAGUCAUUAAUGAUGGGCUUUGCUCAGAUACAAGGCUCCUUCUCUCUGGACGGUUCUUUGAUCAGCCUUGCACCCUUUGAACAGGUCAAGAAAAAGGCCGUUGUUGGCGGGAGAGGCGGCGGAGUGGUUGGACUGGAAUCUGGUCGACGAGAGAAUGGCCUUUUGCGGGGAUUUGGCUGGGGUAGCAUUAGCAAUUCUCUCGGCGAUUUCCUUGGCGGCGGAGAGCUAAGCACGAUCAAAGAGAUGCGCGGUGUCGCAAACUCCAAGGCGGUUCCAUUACUGAGCACUCCGCAGUCGAUUCUCUUUGUCGACCUACAAUUGGCUCCUGGGGAGAGCCGCUCGUUCGAGUAUACGUUCAAACUCCCCAGGGGGCUGCCACCUUCACAUAAAGGAAAGGCUAUUAAAAUUUCAUACGGUCUAGUUAUCGGCACUCAGAGGCCAGGAGGUGCCAGAGAACAGCAUGUUCGGACAGUCGAGGUCCCGUUUCGUGUUCUGGGGAGCGUCAACAACUACGGCGAAAUUCUUGGACACGACCUCAUGAAUCCAUAUAUCCUGCUACGCGAUGAAGCUCUUGUCAAAAUGAUUGGAAAGCAGCAGAAAGUUCAUAGACAACGAGAACAACCGGGGCCGACUGCCGCAAUGAGCGACUUUUUAUCAUAUGUGGACGAUCUGCUUGACCGACCGGCAGAUAAAGCAGGAGCAUCAUUAUUAUCCCCGACGGCGACUCCAGAUCUAAGGCGGAUAUCAACGUCUAGCUUUGAUGAUGCCACCCCAGCCAAGGAGGCAAUCCGUCUUGCCAUUAUGAAAAGCAACAUGACAAACGGGCAGCAGAGCGCUAAUCGAUUUGAGAUUGCGCGAAACGGUCAAAGGGUCGGCGUGGUCAUGCUUACCCGGCCUGCUUAUCGUUUAGGAGAGGUCGUGACCAUGGUUAUCGACUUUGCAGACGCAGAUAUACCUUGCUAUGCGGUUCAUGCAACACUAGAAACAUCGGAAAAGAUAGAUUCGACGCUAGCCGUACGAUCCGAAUCCAGCGUUCACAGAGUCACACGGAAAGUGCACGUUGCCACCUCGGAAUCCACGCUUUUCACUCGGCGGGUGGUGUUCACCCCUACGAUACCCAUCUCUGCCACUCCCGAAUUUGUCACUAGCGGGAUCAGCUUUGAAUGGAAGAUCCGGGUAGAGUUUGUAGUGCCGUCGCAGGGACACGAUGCCCUGAGAGGACAGCAGACGCCGUUUCCCCUACUCGAGCAGAUUUCGAGAGAUGACAAGGGAGGCCUGGUUCUCGUGGCGGUUGAGAACUUGGCGUGUGAGAGCUUUGACGUGCCUGUGCCUCUGCGAGUAUAUGGGGCUGUUGGGACUGGGCUGGAGCGUCUGGAACGAGAUGAGGCGUCUGAGGAAGGGCUUGUGGUGUGAAGAAGAAGGGGGGGGGGGGGGGGUUUGAGGUGGUGGUACAUAGUGAUGGUUUAUGACUGUUCGUUUUAAGUGUGAGCCUCUUGAGAGAAUUGUAAAAUAUUGAACAAUUGGAAUACAAUGAGAGACUUGUGCCCC